AUGCCGAGGACUUGUGCCGUGGCUGCUUUCGGAGCCUGGCUGGCGUUUCUCUGUUUGAAGAACAUCCGAACCUUCCUAAAAGUGUGUCACGACAAAUUUGGGUUAAGAAACAGCGAUCUGUUUGAUCCCUUUGACCUCUUUGAUGUACGGGAUUUUGGAAAGGUGAUCUCUGCAGUAUCCAGACUCUCCUUCCACAGUAUUGCUCAAACCAAAGGAAUUAGGCCCUUCCCGUCGGAGGAGACCACAGAAAACGAUGACGACGUUUAUCGGAGCUUGGAGGAGCUGGCGGACGAACAUGAUCUGGGGGAGGAUAUUUAUGACUGCGUCCCCUGUGAAGAUGAAGGCGAUGAUAUCUAUGAAGAUAUCAUCAGAGUGGAAGUUCAGCAGCCCAUGAUUAGAUAUAUGCAGAAAAUGGGAAUGACAGAAGAUGACAAAAGAAAUUGCUGUUUGCUAGAAAUCCAAGAAACCGAGGCCAAAUACUACAAAACACUUGAAGAUAUAGAAAAGAACUAUAUGAAUCCGCUGAGGCUGGUACUGACUCCCCAAGACAUGGAAGCUAUCUUUAUCAAUUUGGAGGACCUAAUUAAAGUGCACUUCAAUUUCCUGAGAGCCAUCGACGUCUCUAUGAUGUCUGGAGGAAGCAGCCUGGCAAAAGUGUUUCUGGAAUUCAAAGAGAGGCUGCUGAUUUACGGCAAGUACUGCAGCCACAUGGAGUAUGCCCAGAACACGCUCAACCACCUCCUCGCCAACAGGGAGGAUGUCAGGCAGAAGGUGGAGGAAUGCACACUAAAGGUUCAGGAUGGGAAAUUCAAAUUGCAAGACCUGCUAGUGGUUCCAAUGCAAAGAGUUUUGAAAUAUCAUCUCCUGUUAAAAGAGCUGCUCAGCCAUUCAUCAGAGCGACCAGAGAAGCAACAGCUGAAGGAGGCUCUGGAGGCGAUGCAGGACUUGGCCAUGUACAUAAAUGAAGUAAAGAGGGACAAAGAGACUUUAAAGAAAAUAAGUGAAUUUCAGAGCUCUAUAGAAAAUCUGCAAGUGAAGCUGGAGGAGUUCGGGAGGCCAAAGAUCGAUGGCGAGCUGAAGGUCCGCUCCAUAGUCAACCACACCAAGCAGGACAGGUAUUUAUUUUUAUUUGAUAAAGUGGUGAUCGUCUGCAAAAGGAAAGGAUACAAUUAUGAGCUGAAAGAAAUUAUUGAGCUACUCUUCCACAAGAUGACUGACGACCCUAUGAACAACAAGGACAUUAAGAAGUCUCAUGGAAAAAUGUGGUCAUACGGCUUCUACCUAAUUCAUCUUCAGGGAAAGCAGGGCUUCCAGUUCUUCUGCAAGACGGAGGAAAUGAAGAGGAAGUGGAUGGAGCAGUUUGAAAUGGCAAUGUCCAACAUAAAGCCAGAGAAAGCCAAUGCAAAUCACCAUAACUUCCAGAUGUACACAUUUGAAAAGACUACCAACUGCAAAGCCUGCAGGAUGUUCCUAAGAGGAACCUUCUACCAGGGCUAUCUUUGCCCCAAAUGUGGAGCGGGUGCUCAUAAGGAGUGCUUGGAGAUCAUUCCUCCCUGCAAGAUCGGUUCUUCAGCAGACCAGGAUUCACUGAGUGCCGGACCUGGUCCUAAAAUGGUGGCGGUUCAGAAUUACCACGGAAACCCAGCCCCCCCCGGGAAGCCGGUGCUGACGUUUCAAAUUGGGGACGUGAUCGAGCUGCUGAGGGGGGACCCUGACUCGCCAUGGUGGGAGGGGCGGUUGCUGCAGACGAAGAAGUCGGGUUAUUUUCCCAGCUCAUCGGUAAAGCCCUGCCCCGUUGAUGCGAGGCCUCCCAACAGCCGGCCGCCCUCGCGGGAGAUAGACUACACAGCGUACCCGUGGUUUGCAGGGAACAUGGAGCGGCAGCAGACGGACAACCUGCUCAAGUCUCACGUCAGCGGCACCUACCUGAUCCGGGAGCGGCCAGCCGAGGCUGAGCGUUUUGCCAUCAGUAUUAAGUUCAACGAGGAGGUGAAGCACAUCAAGGUGGUGGAGAAGGACAACUGGAUUCACAUCACGGAAGCCAAGAAGUUUGAAAGCUUGCUGGAGCUGGUCGAAUACUACCAGAGCCACUCGCUGAAGGAGAGCUUCAAGCAGCUGGACACAACGCUGAAAUACCCCUAUAAGUCUCGGGAGCGCUCUACCUCUAGGACCUUCACCCGCUCUCCAGCCUCCUGCGCUUCCUACAACUUUUCUUUUCUCAGUCCUCAGGGCCUCAACUUUUCUUCUCAGAGCUCCUCCAGUCCCUUCUGGUCAGUGUUCACCCCACGGGUCAUAGGGACGGCGGUGGCACGAUACAACUUCGCGGCACGGGACAUGCGGGAGCUCUCGCUGCGAGAGGGCGACGUGGUGAAGAUCUACAGCAGGAUUGGCGGGGACCAGGGAUGGUGGAAGGGGGAAACCAACGGAAGAGUUGGCUGGUUUCCCUCGACGUACGUGGAAGAGGAGGGGGUGCAAUGA